UUCGAGCUGUCAAACUGUCGCCAUCUUGAUUUUCAUUCGUAUAUUUUUUUCAGCUACGAGAACACCGCCAUUGUGAAAAGUUGACACACAUCGGAAAGCACUUCCUCCACGAUCGCCGCGCCGCGCCGCACGUAGUCCCGGAAGUCUUCGCACGCCCCAGACGGUCGGCCAAGAGUUGCCCCAGACGGUCAGCCGCGCCGCACGACUCCCUUCUGCCACUUUCCCCAGACAGUCAGCCACGGAUUUCCUUGACCCCGGAAGUUCCGGCCGGAAGUGUUUCCACGCUCAUUCCCAUUUACCUGGAGCUGUGGCCAACCCGAUCCGCAUCGCACGGUGAAGUCCCUCCCGGAAGACGGUCAGCCGCGUCACGGAUUUCCUUGCCCCGGAAGCUGCAGCCGAGGACAGCCGGUAAAUAGAUCCGCGUCUUUGUGCUCUGCCCCGUCCAAAACGGUCUGCCGCGCCACGGUCCAAGAUUAGUGACCGACCGUAACACGACCAAGAGUUGCAUCAGGGGGCCAGCCGCAUCGCACGUUUUAAUCCUUCCCGGAAGACUCCGCAAGGAUUGUGGCCUGCCGCAGAACUACUCCUCUUCUGCCACUUUCCCCAGACGAUCAGCCGCGUCCUUGUCCCCGGAAGCUGCAUUCGAGGACAGCCGGUAAACAGAUCGGCGUCUUUGUGCACUGCUCCGUCCAAAACGGUCAGCCGCGCCACGGUCCAAGAUCACCGCGCCGCAUGUUGUAGGCCUUCCGGAAGUCUUCUCCCGCUUUGUGGCCAGCCCGUAACACGACCAAAAGUUGCUCCAGACGGUCAGCCGCGCCGCACGUUGUAGUCCCAGCCGGAAGUUUUUGCAAGGUCAGUCGCGCCGCGGUCCCGGGGAUUCCAGAUCGGCGCUUCUUCAUUGCAGGAUGGACUCGUACGAAGAUAUGAUCGUUGAGGAUCUCAACGAAGAGGUGCUCAACGAAGAGGUGCUCAAUGAAGAGGUGCUCGAAGAAAACUCACCCCAGGUACCCAGCAGCAGUGAAAUUGUGACAACGCAAUCCAACGUUACGCAACAAUCAGAACCAGCUGGACAAGCAUUGAAAAGAACGUCCGUGGAAGUAAACGGGGUAGUAUAUUUGCUGCCACCUGCAGAUAUACCUGACGAUGAGGCUGCUGAGUUGAUACGGCUGGUGCAAACGGAAGGCUUAAAGGCUGAUGUUAAAGUUGUCUUGAAAUACUGGGGUCUUGCCAACCUAAUUCCUAACUUGACACACCAUCAAAUAAAUGAUGUACCUACACUCAUUCUGAUAUUGCCGGAAGAUGUCGAUCAGAUUACAAACAUCGUCGGCCUGAGGGUUCGAAUGCGCCACAUGAUCCAGUACAUGAAAAUCAACUACGGCUACGAGCCAUCCAGUUCCGAAGCACAGAAAAACCUACCGACGCAUCCUAUUGCCAACCUUAAACAGCUCCUGCUAAGCUCUCCACGUGGCAAAAUGAUCCUAGCAGAGUACCAUCGAAAUGAAUGCCUGAUUAACGGUACUCGGAAUCAUCUCGUUGAAAUUCUUUGCCAGGCUGCUGAUGAGCACAACAUUGACAUCAGUCAUAAUUUUUAUAAAAUAAUGGCUAAAAAGAUUGAAGCGCUGUUCCCCAAAGAAAAGGAGAUCAUCUACUACAUACCUUCGAAAACCGGUGAAAACUCAGCACGCGCUGGCGGCAAGUUCAUGCAACGCAGGUCCAAAGUUAUGAAGUUACUAAAGCAGCCCGACGUUACCACUGCCACCAAGCCUCAGAAGGAAAAGGUCGCAACGAACUGUCCAGCAGAUUAUGAACUUCAAGAAGAAUCGAGGAAAUGGUUGGUGAACGCGCGAACUCCAAUUAAGCUUGUUAUCGAACAUUGGACAAAAUGUCACGAAAUCAGGAACUCCCUCAUCGUGUCGGCGAAGUCUCUCCAAGAGGUGGUCGAUAAUUACCCGAUCCUUACGACUGCACUGGGAGGAAGUUUACUGAUGCGCGAUUUUGACAAGCGGUGGCCCGGAAGCCGGGACAAGUAUUUCGGAAAUUUUCCGAAAUUGCUUGAUACCGUUCAUUUGCUCUUCGACCGACUAACAUUUUUGGACAAUCAGCAUUUGGCAGUGAAGUAUCAGAAAGCCCAAAAUCAUGAGGAGAAGAACUUCAUCAUUGCACAACUCAUGACCUCCUUCGUCCCAAAGAUUGGUAAAAUAACCAAAUCGUGGAAGCCGAGCUUGGCGGAAGCAUCCAAAGGGUUCAUUCUCCGAGCACAGACUGACUAUCACGAUAGCAGGAAACAAAGCCGGUUAGCUUUUUUAGCCGAAUCCAAUUCCGGCCUUUGAAAAUUUAGUGACUGUGACUCAAAUUCACAAAAACGAAUCGAUUUGUCCGACUCCGACCUCAACAACAACAACUGCAAACUAGCCGACUCGGACUUCAGCACCGUUUCUGGAGAUUUCGACUCCGACAUUUCAGAAUUAUGACGUCUUUUCUGACUCUGUGUAUUGCGCUUAACUGACUUUGACUGACUUCGACAAUUCCUUGACCCUACAGAAGCACUUUUCAAUACAAUAUUUUUUUGACAAUAAAAACUACGAAAUUUCUCGUU